CCGGUAUGGCUGUUCAGCGGACGUUACAUCCACCAUCGCGCCUCCCUCUCCUGUGAAAUGUGUCACGAGAACCUCCUCCAAACAAACUCAUGCCCCAACACCAACCCCGUCGACGCUUCCUAAGAAGCACCCUGCUGCUACGUCUACGAAACGUUGGUUGUAGCCACGAAACGAGCCCCCUCGUCCAAGAAAGCUGUCCCUUCGACCACCACCAGCAUCGACUAGCCUCCCUGAUUUUGGGCCCAUUCGGUCGGCCGACCCUUUUGAACCCGUUGGUUUUGGAGCAGCUCGCCACCACGGCAACAUUUGGUCGCCACGUGGAGGUUGCUACGAAUCGACAUAGGAAACGAACGCGCUUGAGAAGGUCCGCUUGAUGGUAAGGUUCCUUCAACUCCCGCUGCGCGAGACGUGCGCUCUGGAGGACCCUUGGCGAACCCGUUUGAGUUUUGCUCUUGUUGUCAUUGUUUCAGUCCAAUCAUGGGCAGAGGUGGUGCCGGUUGCUAAUUUGUCGACAACGAUCAGCUCGGCGAAAUGCAACACUGUAGGCUUGUACAACUGUAGCAUGCGAAGGCAGUUUGGAACUCCAUUGGCUGCAUUCAACAAUCCCACACGGAGUUCAUUCACCUUUGGCUACUUCGACUUGGAUAUAUUAUAUGACUGGUCAGUUGAUCGUGUGCCAGUUGGACCACAACUGUGAGAACUUGGACUCACUUGCCAAUAUGACACCGACGGAGGCGACGAGUUUGAUGCAGAAUGCAGACCGCAAGGUGUACACUCCGCUGGACGAGGCAUCUCCACCGAGUGAAUCUGCUGACGAGGACCGCGCAUUUGCCGACACAAUCGCGGCUUUGAAAGCAUCGCUCGAUCGCGAACUUGCCAACCAGGAGCUUGACUUGAGCGGCAGCUUCGAGCAUAUGUUGAGCAUCAUCCGUGUGCUUUGGGGAGCCCGCGAGACCAUUGAAGCGUUGGCUGAAACUCAGUCGACGGACAAGUGGCUCCUCUCGUUCGACGCGGAAGCCAACGCAAAGAAACUCAUGUACGCCGAGAAGCACUACAACGACUUACUUGCAGAUGCCGUCAACGCUAACUUGGCCGAUCUCUUGGUCCGCAUGAUCGGUCAGCGUGUCCACGACGAAGCAUCACUCGAGCUGCUGUACGAACUCUCGGCCUGGGGGUCUGUCGACGUGCAAAACGCGUUGUAUUAUGCGGCCUCGGACUCUCAAAGCGCAGUGUUGGAGUUUCUGCUGCGCCACUUGGAGAAAAACUCGACCAACAUCGUCGCCAUUAUGACACAGGUGUGCAUGUAUCAUCACAGCCAGUGGCAGGCCAUGAUGCAAGUUCCUGUCACCUUGAACGGCUUGUCCCUUCUCGACGUUGUUCUCGCGAGGGUGGCGGGGAUUCCGUCGAUCAUCUCGUCCGCUGAUAUACCAACAGUCGUGUCGUGGAUGACCUUUCUCUGCGAAGCCUGCCAAGGCCCGUCCGAGGAGAACCAGCUGUUGGUGGCCUCGUCCGACGCCGUGACGAUUGUGCGAGAUUUCGUGAUGGAUGGCAUCUCGUUCGGCCCCGGGACGGCGGAGACGCUUCAGAUGCAAGUGCAGAAAUGCGCCGCGGAAGUAUUGCUCAUCCUCAUGGAAGGCCGAGCGGACGGCACCCUUCAUGAAUGUUUGGCGGCAGUGAUGCCCGUGUCGGCGGUCGUCGAGCGCUUGCAAGUGCACUAUCGCGCGAUCGAAGAGUGGAAGCAGUCGCCGGCCCAUCGAUCCCUUCUGCAUCACACGCUGAGUAUGACCAAGAGUUUGUUGCACACGGACACGUCCAAGGACGAGUUGCAGCGCAACUUGCACGACUUCCAUGCCGCGAUCCACUUGUUUUGUAUCGUGCUGCAUCUCCUGUACGACAAGCAAACCAUCGAGUCGUACCGAACGCAGUGGUACGAAGCGCUGGCCAACCCCAAAGCAUUCGCGGCGGUGGCGUUCUUCCAACGCGAGGUCGUUUCCAUUGAAAUCGCACGAAACGGGGCGAUCCUCACAACGUACUUUCUACGCCCCCCCACGGCCAAGUACUUGAACGAGACGCUCCGAGCCAAGCUGAUCGAUCAUAUGGACAUUGGCGGCGACCGCGCGCUGGACGUGCUGACCUCCGACGUCGCCAAUGACGUUGAAGAAGAGCUCACUGUGAUCCAAGGCCUGGUCAAGAACCCGUCGUACUCGAUCAUGAACAAGUGGCAUGUGUGGCUGCGCAAGAACAUGCUUCGGCUGUGCUUUUACAUCAACUUUGUCAUGUUGCUCUGUGUGCAAGUGAACCACAGCACCGUGGAGGACGUCCACCAAGCCAACAUGCGCUCGGGUUUGUGGGUCGUGGGGGCGCUCGGGUUUGUUUUGCUCGGAGUGUGCACCGCCUUGUGGCUGUACCACGCCUUGACCACGUUUUGCUUCAACUAUUGCAAGCAGCACGUGUCCCCCCUCAAGCUGUCGUUCACGACUUCGUCCGACUACUGGGCCAGCACGUUGCAUGGGUUUGGCGCGUUUGCUGGCUACCUUGAAUUCUUUGUCGCUAUCUUUCUGGUCAUUUUCUACAUGAACAUGGUGACGACGACGACCAAGAUCUUGGCGGCCGUGUCUGUGUUGUGGCUGUUUGGGGCGUUUUUGCAAGGCGUGCGCCAUGUGUGCCGGCUCUACCGAUUCACUGUCAACGUGGACAAUCCCGCGGACGCGAACGUCGUCGCGACAUUGGCGUCGUUCUGGUACAGUGUGCUGUAUGAUACGCUCUUGUCGGGCUCCGUGAUCACGUUUGGAGCGUACACGCUGUGCGCCAUUUGUGGGCUGGGACUGUCCAUCCCAGCUGUGACGACGUAUUUUGACGUCGGGCCGUGGGGGCUUAUGUUUUUUGGGUGUCCACUCGUGGAUAUUCUCGCCACGAACGACAACCUUCGAUUCAUUGCUACGGCGAUGCACUCGAACAUGGGCAUAUUGGGCGUCACGGCCGUGUUUGGGGCGAUUUUGAUUUACCUAUUCUCGCUCGUGGGGUUCUUCCACCUCCAAGUCGAGCUCGAAUGCGAAGACCACACCGUGAGCCACUGCUCGACGUUGCUGCAAUGCUACACGACGUAUAUUCGCUAUGGCCUGCUGUCGGGGGGCGGGAUUGGGGACUACAUUUCGUCGACGCUGAGCCACGAAUUGGACUUUGGAAACCCCGGGCGAUACUUUGAGCGGUUGGUGUACGACCUGGCGUUUUUCGUGCUUGUGAUCACGCUGUUCCUCAAUAUGGUCCAAGGCAUUAUCAUUGAUGCGUUUACGGCGGUGCGGGAGCAGACGGAGACCAAGGCGGCGCUGAAACGAGAGCGCUGCUUGGUGUGCAACCGGUCGCGCAGCGCCAUCGAGAACUUGGACGGAGGCCACCCGAACAACUUUAGCCGCCACAUCCACCACGUGCACAACUUUUUCGACUACUUUUUCUACAUUCAACAUGUCAAGGCGAAGCAACACCCCAAGGAACUCAGUGGCCUCGAGCGCUACGUCGUUGAAAAGCUCAAAGCCCACGAUAUGGCAUGGAUUCCGCGCGUGUAGAAGGCGACGCUCUUGCCCUUGGUAGAGGAGUACUACGGGUCACCGUACUACUACUACUUACUACUGUAUACCUGUGGACCUCACGUUUGAACGGCAUGUCACAUAUCGUAUCUUGUUGCACUGUGCACCAUAAAAACCUAGUAUAGGUCGAAUACCGGUAGUACAUGUAUGUUUACUAUCUUGCAAACAGCUCCAUGAACGUUCGUUUCCAAAACGGUAGCUCCAUCGCGUCGACCUCUUUUUCCACGAACGGGGCCCCGGAAACGUCCCCGGUGCCGUUGGGGGGCGAAC